UCGAGGAACAGGUUGCUCUGCUAUUAAGCAGAUUUAGAUUAACUACUGUUUCCAGGACUGCUGUGCCUUUGGGAUGAACAGUUAAGGCAACUCAUAUGGGUCUGCAAAACUCUUUUUGAUUGAACAUUCAGCCACCCAUCAUUUUUAUCUGGUCUCUCAUAAUCAACAUGGUCCCACCGCCCCCUUCCAACAAGCCACACGUUUGCCUUUCGUGUGUGCUUAUCAUGAGUAGCAUGGCGCUGCUGGACGCCUACCUUGUGGAGCAGAAUCAAGGUCCACGGAAGGUGGGCGUCUGCAUCAUGGUGAUGGUAGGGGACGUGUGUUUCCUCAUCGUGCUGCGGUACAUUGCGGUAUGGGUCGGCGCCGAAGUACGAACUGCUAAACGGGGCUACGCAAUGAUCCUCUGGUUCUUCUAUGUCUUUGUGCUGGAGAUCAAGGUAUACUUUGUCUACCAGAACUACAAGGCAGAAGGCGAGAGAGCGGACGCUCUUACCUGCAAGGCUUUGACGGUGCUGCUUUCCGUGUUUGUGCCGGGACUUUACGUUACGUUGGCAGCCAUCGACCACAUGGAAUACGUUCGUCCGCUCAAGAAGAGGGAGGAGUUGAGGAGUCGGCUGUUCUGGGUUGUGGUGGAUCUUCUCGACAUCUUGGACAUUCAGGCCAGCCUAUGGGAGCCUCAGAGAAAAGGGCUCCCUCUAUGGGUGGAGGGCCUUACUUUUUUCUACUGCUACAUACUACUUCUGAUACUGCCGUGUGUGUCGCUAAGUGAAAUUAGCAUGCAAGGUGUGAACAUUGUGCCGCACAAGAUGCUGUUGUAUCCCAUUCUCAGUUUGGUCGCCAUCAAUUUUAUUACGAUUUUUAUACGGGGAGGAAAUAUGGUGUUUUAUAGGGACAUCCGAGUGUCUGGAAUACUCAUGGGUAAGAACGUCCUCGCCAUUGUCCUGAAAACAUGCAGCUUCGUGCAGUACCGGAGACACCUGCAGGAGGCGCCAACACACGCUCUCGCUCCAGAACUACAGAGGGACGCAGUGCCACAAAGUUCUCGAGGGGCAGUGCCAGUCAUAAUGACCAUGCCCGUCACCAUGCCAACUCCGCAGGUAGUCAUACAAGAUCUCACCACACUUCCAGAAGAGCCCGAACUUGAGGAAACAUGACAAAAGGGGGAAUGAGAAGAGUUUGCACUGAGGAUACUUGGACAAUGCACAACA